CUCCUUCCUUGUUCUCCCUUCAGCUUGCGCCGCGAGGGCUACACGGUCCAGGUGAACGUCAACGACUACCUGGACAUCUACUGCCCGCACUACAACUCCUCGGUGCCCGAGGGACGCAUGGAGCAGUACAUCCUGUACAUGGUGAACCACGAGGGCUACCGGACGUGCAACAUCAGCCAAGGGUUCAAGCGCUGGGAAUGCAACCGCCCGCACGCCCCGCACAGCCCCAUCAAGUUCUCGGAGAAGUUCCAGCGCUACAGCGCCUUCUCGCUCGGAUACGAGUUCCACGCCGGCCACGAAUACUACUACAUCUCCACUCCGAUGCACAACCACCGCCGGGCCUGCCUCCGAAUGAGAGUGUUUGUCUGCUGUGCUACCACGUCGCACUCUGGGGAGAAGGCGGCCCCGACCCUCCCGCAGUUCACUAUAGGCCCAGAGGUGAAGAUCGAGGACUUGGAUAACUUUAACCCCGAGAUGCCCAAGCUGGAGAAGAGCAUCAGCGGAACCAGCCCCAAACGGGAACACUUGCCCCUGGCCGUGGCCGCCGCCCUCUUCCUCAUGACCCUCUUGGCGUCCUAGCCGUGCGGGGGUGCCGAGGGGGGGCACCGAGCCACCUGCACGGACCCGGCUCCCUCCCUAGUGACUCCCUUGGCGUUGUGAACGGACAGACGGACAGACGAAAAAAAGAAAUAUUUAAACCGGGAUAUCCUGGCGAGGCGACAGCGAUCCGGGGCUAGAGAGCCACAGUGAUGGGGAAAGCAGACCUUUUCCUAAGCCCGGUAUAGCCCCCGUCUCCCUCCCCAGUGAAGGGAAUGUCACCACUGCGUUCGACCCCCCCCCCCUUUCGCCUGCCCCUUCUGUCCAUUGCUGGGAGGAGGGGAGACUCAGAGGAGCUUCUGGGGUAUUGCCCCACAACGGGAGGGAGCCCAACUUGCUUGCGGACCUUAGGGGGGGAGGGGGCACAUUUGACAUCCGGGCCUCUGAGCUCAGCAUUGACCUAAGAACCUCGGGCUACCAAACCUGUCUGCCAGCAAUAGGCUAUUGGCUACUCUGGGCAUGAGCAAAUGCCUUAGCAGACCGGGCGCUCGGGAGCAGCAGCAGCAGCAGCAGAAGGCCCUUGCUUUCACCUCCUGCAGGUGAGCUCCCAAAGGCACCUGGUGGGCCACUGCGAGUAGCAGAGUGCUGGACUAGAGGGACUCUGGUCUGAUCCAGCAGGCUCUUUCUUAUGUUCUUAUGUUCUCAUGAGCUGGCGGCGAACAUCUGGAGCAGCAGAUCACCUUGAAGAACUUGGUCGUUCGGGACAGAACACGGGCACGUGGCACUCUGGCUAUGUUUUGGAAAGGGAGCGCUGUGCCCUGUUUGGAGAAAGGCACCCCGCCUGACCCAGAGAUGGGGGGCACCAUAUACCCAGUGACUCUCAAUCUGGGACGCAUGGUACCUUUGCCCUGGGGUGCCUGUACAUAUCGCGACGUGUUGUGUACAGAGAGAAGCUCUAUUAUCCGUGUCUAUAGAUUAUCAUAAACUGUUCUCGUAGUGGGCGGGCACGGGGCGGGCACCGGCCUGCCUGCGCAAGCCAGAGUUUUUUAUUUUUAAUUUCCUCUUUUUUUUUCGGUGUUUGGUUUUUUUGGGGCGAUUCCUCCCUUUGUCUUCUGUGAAGACCAGACCUAUGCAAGACGCACGGACACUUUUCUUUCUGGGGCAAAAACCACGUCAAGGAACAAGCAAAGGACCUUUUUCGGGGGUGGAUGUUUGGGGUUUUUUGUGUUCUCGAGAGCUUUGGCUGGCGAUUUUCAUAUACUUGCUCUUAGUCUAUUAAAAAAAACUAAAUAAAAGGUGGAGAAAAAAAAAUCUUUUUCCCCAGGUGUUGAUUUUGUGUCCGGGAUCCAGGAGUUAA